GAGGGACAUCAGUCAGACAAAGAUAGAGAUGGGCUCUGGAUCCUCGACAAAGGCCAAGCCGGACCGGGCAGCAGCAGUGAGCGAAGAUGCGCUCAGGAUUCCGGCAUUCAACAAGCUGGCAGGGAGAAGAGUCGUGCUGGCCUCGGCGAGUCCGCGGAGAAGAGAGAUUCUAGCCUCGGUCGGUUUCCAUCCCGAGGUGAUUCCGUCGACUUUCAAGGAGGAUCUGCCAAAGACGGGCUUCGUUGGCGAGGCAGCCUAUCAGUACCCUGCUGAGACCGCGACGCAAAAGGCCCUUGAGGUGUACAAGCGCCUGGUACAUGACUGCCCUGAUGAUCCACCGGACCUCGUCAUUGGUGCGGACACGGUCGUCAUCAAGGGAGAAGAAAUCAUGGAGAAGCCCUUGGAUGCCCUCGACAACUUUCGGAUGCUGGCAGAGCUCAACGACGGCGAGUGCGAAGUUGUGACGGGAGUUGUCGUAGUCCACCCAACGCUGCAGGCCCCUGGCUACCAAGCCCACACCGUGUCGGAGAAGACGGUGGUGCGGUUUGCAGAGAACAGAGGCACAAUUAUCCAGGCAUACGUCGACUCUGGUGAGGGACUAGACCGCGCGGGCGGCUUCGCUAUCCAGGGCAAAGCUUCAAUACUCGUCAAGUCCAUCGACGGUGAUUACAACAACGUUGUCGGGUUCCCCCUCUUUACAUUUUGCUCUUUCCUCGACGAUCUCAUCGAGGACGGAGAGCUUGAUUUUGCAUAGGCUGAGCUACUACAAUACAUGCCCACUCUGUCUGUCUCCGUCAUGCAUCGUCGUCCUCCUCGCCCUCAUUGACGAGUUCGCCCACGACGCCGUACUUGGCGGAGAAGUGGGCGUCCCACUCGCGCAUAUUUGAGAGCUCCAUU